UGUAUGGGGCUAAGCUAGGCUUGGCACGGCAUGUUGUUUUUGGAGCAGACAUGGCGGAAGGGAUAUUGAAAGGAGGGUUUUAAUUUAUUGGUUUCAUCGCAACUACUAAUGGAGGGCCCCUGUUUAUUUUCAAUCAAAUAAUACUCAAGGGUGUCUUUUUAUUACUCAAACAUUUCCUUUUGUAGCAGACUUCUCUCAAUUCUAAUGACACUUUUUUUGCGGUAAUUUUCAUCAUUUUUGGGUGGCAGAAAUUAUUUCCUAAGCAGUUUACGGUUAGUUAUUUUGGCUAUGAUACAAGCAGGAAAGGUCACUUUAUAUGUUUGAAUCGUUUCAAAUAUAGAUCGCUAAGAAAUCAGUUAGGCCUAUGUUAGUACUAUAGGCCUCAUGAGACCUAAUGACGUCACACUUUGUUUAUAUGUGGGCUUUCCCGUGGUAAAUGGUCCCUACUUUGUCUGGCGUCCUGACUUUGCUUUCAUAGGAUUAGGAAAACCCAUAUGUAAACAAAGUCAUUAUGUCAUUAGGUCUCAGGUCUAUUUGUGGAAAGAGGGCAGGGUUUUGAUUUAUGAAAGAAAGUUGUAAUUGGGGGAUAACAGUGUGAGGCCCCAGUCUUCACUGCGUGAUAAUGACUGGGGAGGCGGGAUGACCACUGUUAAUGCAAACUGUGUUACAAUAGCACUUUUUAACCAGGACACACGUUAUUGAAGAUCACAAAGUGUGAACUUUAAAUUGAAGCCUUUUUAAAGAUGUAUUUAAAAACGUUUCACGCUUAAAGUGUGUGUUAGAUAAUGUAAUAAUAAUCAAAUAUUCACUUGCAAAUUUGAAUUUCUAUUGUCACAGCGUAGCAAUGCAAUCUCAGCGCAGAUGCAGCUUUUGACGGCCCUUAGAUUUUUUGCCACUGGCUCCUUUUACACCAUGCACGGAGACCUUCAUGACAUGAGUGCACCAUCAGUGAGCAGGAUAAUCCAUCGAGUCUGUAGAGCCAUCAAUAGAGAAGCCAACAGAGUCAUCAAGUUUCCUGUGCGCCAACAUGAUGUGAACAGAGCCCAACGCGACUUCUUUGCCAUCGCCGGCUUUCCUGAAGUUGUUGGAGCUGUUGAUGGGAGUCACAUCCGUUUGUAUGGUGCCCCUCUAAUGGAUGACGAGCACCUAUAUGUUAACCGGAAAGGCUGGCACAGCAUCAACAUUCAAGUCAUCUGUGAUGCUAACUACCUGAUCACAAAUGUUGUCGCCAGGUGGCCAGGCAGUACACACGACAGUGCCAUUAUCCACGGCAGUGUCAUUGGUGACAUGUUUAGUGAUGGCAGGCUGCAAGGUAUGCUCAUAGGUGAUUCAGCAUAUGCCCUCAGACCGUGGCUGACGACACCAAUUGAGAACCCCAUAACAGACGCUGAAAGAAAUUAUAACAGGUGUCACAGAAGAACAAGGGUCAAGGUGGAGCAAACGUUCGGUCAGCUAAAGCGGAAAUUUCCAUGCCUGGCACUUGGUCUCAGGGUAUCACCCAGUAGAGCAUGUCAAAUCAUCAAGGCUUGCUGCGUUCUGCACAAUCUAGCCAAGAUCAUGGGUGAGCCUGAUUUUGAGGAGGAAGUAGAAGUUGAGGAGGUUGGGGCUCUGCCAUAUGUUGGAGUACUCCAUGAUGGUCAAGCACAUAGGGAGCGUAUUAUUCGUCAGUAUUUUAACUAAAUUGAUGUAUUGUAAAGUUUCAUAGUUAAUUCAACAGAUGUUGAAAUGUUAUAAAAAUUAGAGUGGCCUCAUAUUUCAUCCUGAGCAAGGACUUUUUCAGAGGCAAAGGAUUUUGCAUUAUGUGAUUUCUUGCCUCUGAAAUUGUCCUUGUUGAGGAUGAGUGGGAGACUUUUGAGACAAUGGUGGCAGCAAACACACAGGUCC